CUCCUCUGACAAAUCAUCAAUGGCCAGGAACCUUUAGCAGACACACUCUAUUGCUCCCACCCACACAAAUUUAACAGAAGUCAAAAGUUCCUUUUUCAUUUCACAGUCAAAGAGCGGGCCUUGUUUAUUUCAUUUUAUUUGACACAGCUGAAGGCCUCCGAGAGUGGUUAAGGUCAUAAGUGUAGGCUAUACAAUAAGAGAGAGAGACAUUUUUUUGGUUUUCGUUGAGAGAGAGGAAAUUUGGAAACAUUGUGCAAUGGUGCAAAUGGUGAAAAAGUUUUGAAAGGUUGUCAGAGUGUUUUGCCAGCAAAGCGUCUGAGAGUCGGUCCGUUGGAGAAGAGGUCCCCAUGUUGCAUCCAUACAGAAUGGAGAGCUACCUCAUCCCUCCUCACUCAGAAGAAAUGUAUGAUCCAGAGAUCUACAGACAUCAAAUUGCAGAAUAUUACAACCCAUAUGUCCUAGAUGCAGAUAUCCAGGCAGGCUGUGGCCAUUAUGCUGUUUCUCACCUUCUCUAUUUAGAUCACUGGGACUACCACCCUCACCCUCAUGUACACCCUACAGAAUUUGAAAACCUCCAAGAGACCAACUUCACAGAGCUGCAGAGUGUGCAGGCUCUCCACCCACCUGGUCUCAUACGACACGACAGCAUACGUUAUGAGGGAGAAAACCUGCUUGAUCCAAAUCUUGGGGCACAUGCACAUGUGUUACAGCAACCAGUAGCAUUCUUCCCUCGGACCGUGUAUCCACCACACGUGUCCCAGCGCAGCUCUGAUGAUGAGGACCACGGAGGACGAAGUCCCCCGCUGGAGGUGUCUGAUGAGGAGUGUUUGAGAGAUCGAGUCCCUUAUGUCACACCGGGUGAGCUGGGCAACAAAAAGAAGAUCCGUUUGUACCAGUUCCUGUUGGACCUUUUAAGGAAUGGCGAUAUGAAGGACAGUAUCUGGUGGGUGGACAGAGACAAAGGGACUUUCCAGUUUUCCUCCAAACACAAAGAGGCGCUCGCACACCGCUGGGGAAUCCAGAAGGGCAACCGCAAAAAAAUGACCUAUCAGAAGAUGGCUCGUGCUUUGCGCAACUAUGGCAAAACUGGAGAGGUAAAAAAGAUAAAGAAGAAGUUAACGUACCAGUUCAGUGAUGAGGUGCUGGGGAAGAGUCAUCUAGAGAGAAAACCAUAUAUGUAGGCGGGAAGGAAACCGAUAUGUCUGGAUGGAAUGAUGAAAAGUGUUGACAUUAGAGUUGCAGUUUCUGGUGUUAGAUGCUUAGUUAAACUAUGCUAUUCUGGACAGUACAGUAGCAUUUUGUGAAUAGCACCAAUACUGCCGUAUAAUGGGAUCAAUCCUUUGAAAAUACUAGGUAAUGCAGUAUAAAAUUCUGUAUAUUAAGACAUGUUGGAGACCACUUUGUAAUUGUCAUCUGAAGUAGAGAUACCACAGAAACCUUGGUUUGGUUUAUCUGUCAGAAAGCAGCCGUAUGCAGAUAUAGUGUCUAUACAUAGAGUCAGUAUAGAAUAUGAAAAUGUGCAACCUCUCAUUUGCGAAUGUGUACAGAGAUUUGUGAAUAGGUACUCAGAUUUAAAAAGGCAUUAUAAGUAUCUCCUGUUUGUGAAAUUCUGUCCCGUUUGGUUAAUUUGCCAUGAGAUAAACAAAACCAGCAUUCUAAACCAUGCACACUACCAGGUGGUGGCAGCAAGCUGCUUCUCAGUACAGCAGUUUUGAUGUGGUGGCCAAAUUUGAAACUGCAAGUCAUGUGAUGCUAGGGUUCAGACAGAUGUUUGCCAUACAUAUCUAAUAUAUAAACACAUAGAUAACAACAGCAGUAUGAAGAACAUUUCCUGAGAAUCACACACAUACAACUGCCUGUUGGAUAUCAGAGUUUAAAUCAUUAGAUCAAGUACAUUCAGUUGCUAAAACUAAAAUAGUCUAAUGAAUUCAGUCCAAUUUAUAUCAGUAAGGGUAGGCUAAAUAACAUGUAAACAUAAAUAUGAUUCAACAGCAACACAAACUACAUCCCACAAUAAAGUUCAACACCUCCCUAAAAGACAUUCCAACCUUCAUGAAGGCAAGAAUCAUUGCAGGACUGUUGUGUUAGACUGCAUUAAUUUUAGUUGAGUGUACCCAACAAACUGGCAGCUGAGUGUCUUUUAAAAGCCACCCACUGCAGCUGAAGUCUGCAGGAGUAAGACACAAAUGCAUGAGCAUUAUAUAUUUUUUUUAGCAUUCAGUAUGUGCUGUGUGAGCAGCUUUCAUUUAAAUGAAAAGGCCACUUUUAAACACAUUGUCCAGUGUUUAAUAUAUCCAAGGUGCUGAUGCAUAAAUAUGUUAAUAUAUACAGAGAAGCUUUAAACCAGCAAAACCACCACUACCCAGCACGAGCAUCUACAAUGCCAAAGCUGUAGGGCUGGACACCGAUUUUGAACUAUGGAUAUACACUCAUAAAUCUUUGUUGACAUUUCCAAAUGUGGGUAUGAAAGAUAUUUUCUUUUCUUCUCCAAGAUGAGAAGAUUGAUACAACUCUUGUGUAUAUACGGCCAGCAGGGGGUUAUCUUAGUUUAGAUAAGGUUUGGAAACAGUGGGUAACAUCUCGCCUGGCUCUUUACAAAGCUAAGCUUGUCUAGCUGAGUAAUAUAACUCAUUAUAUCUCUUCUGUUUAGUCUGUACAAAAACCUGAACGUAAAAACAACAGAUUGUGGAGCUACUUGAUGGACUAUUCUUUGUUUGUGAGCAGUGACUUCCUUGCUGUCACUGUUAGGUCGCCAGCACACCAGCAGAGACUGGGACUAGCUUCUUAUUAACUGUGCAGACAUGACAGUGGUAUCAGUCUUUGCCUUUUAGUGAAUAACUGUCAUAUUAGACUAUUCUUUUAGUGACUGUAAUUUAUAGAGUACUAUCAAAAGGCAAAAGUGGGCAGUCACUGUGGCGCCCUGUGUGCAUUUUCACAUGUGGGUGCACACACACACAUAUCAGUGCAUAAUCUAUUUUGAAGUCAUGAUACUUAACCACUAGUUGUCCCCAGAGAGAAAACACAGUAGGACCAGGCCCUCUUACUACUGUGUUUGACCCUCCUUAUGCUGGACAUGCUUAAGUUAUCUUUUAAUUGUGGGAGAUACCACUGUUUGUAAAUAUUUCCAAUUCCAUUUAUAUUUAAAACAGCAAGGAGACACACAGUCAUUAAUGAGAUUGACUAACCUAGAGAAUUUACUGUGAUUAGGUUAUAUAUUGUACCAUAAUCACAGUUAUUUACAUAUUGAUAAAAUUGUUUGUACAAAUACAUCAAACUCUGUAUGUUAUAAUUAAGAAUUGCUUGUAAAAAAAUAAAUUGUUCAUCAGUG